AUGGUUGUCAAAUCACUUGCUCACAAAAAAAUUGUACAUAAGAGAACAAAGAGAUUUAUUAGAUUCGAAUCAGAGGAUUAUCCACAUAAAUUAAGACCAAGUUGGAGAAGACCAAGAGGUAUUGAUAACAGAGUCAGAAGAAGAUUUAGAGGCAACAGACCUAUGCCAAAAUCAGGAUAUAGAGGCGAUAAAAAAACAAGAUAUUUAGACUAAGCUGGUUUCAGAAAAUUAUUAAUCACAAAUGAAAAAGAUCUUGAAUUAUUGCUUACUAACAACAGAGUAUUUGCAGGUGAAUUAGCUCAUAAUCUAUCUGCAAGAAAAAGAGCAACUCUUGUCAGAAGAGCAGCUGAACUUAAUGUAAGAUUAACAAAUGGAAAAGGUAAAGUAAGAGCAGAAGAAAAGAAAGAAUGAUUUCAUUUGUUCAAUAUUAGACACACACACAUAAAUUAUAUAUAUAAGAAGUAUAA